AUGCCUCCUCCUUCGUCUUUGCUCCUUCCUUCCCCCCUGAUCUUCACUUACUUCAAAAAGACACCACCAUUCGAACCGCAUCACGGUCCCCCCUUCGCCGCACGUCGAUAUCUAGCUUCGAGCAACUGCCCACUUUCCGUACUGCUAGCGCCUUUUCUCACCCGGACCUCCCAUCGAAGCAAACCUGAACGCACCGCACCAUCCGCAUAUAGAGCCGUGCACCUAUCGAAUCGUCCCACGGUGCUUACGAUUGACACACUCACGGUCUACCAGCUGCCAUCCAAGGCUUUAAUCGAUUUUUUAUUUACAAGGCCGCUACUUGAACCACUUGCACACGCCAUGUCUUCGUUCUACGCAUCUAGAAAGUCUUUUGACGUCUCAGAUCGAAGCGUCUCCCACGAUCCUGCAUCCCACGAUACUGUCAUGCAACGCCCCACUUCCGCUUGCGGCCACCACUCCAACGCUUCAUCCGCUUCGUUCGGCAGCGGUGGUGCUCCCAUGCAUGCCAUGAUGGUCCCUGGAAACGUCGUGCCCACUCUGGACCGUCCCGACUCCGACUCGCCCUUCUCCGACUGGGAAGCCUACAUUGUCAAGCAAGCCCAGGACUGGUCCGACAAGAGCUCUCACAUGGCCGCUUCGCCAUCAGCCCAGUCACGCAAGAGCAGCGGCCCACGCAUCGUCUGGGCCGACCAGGUUCGCAAGUCGUCUCCUCAAACACAGCCACUCGUAUAUACCAAGGCGCGCGAUCGCUUCGCUCCUCCCGUGUCCCCGGAAGAAUCUUCUCCUCCCACCAACUCACGCAAUUUGCUCCGCAGACCUUCCUUUGACAUGUUGCGCCCCCGUUCUGAUGCUUCGCGCACUAGUCCGCCUCCUCAGCCAGAAGCGGGUCGCCCAAGCAUCUCUUCGCCCAUCAUGACCAGGUCGACCCUCACAACAGCACAACCAGACUCGGUCGAGCCAUGGCAAGCGACAAUGGAGACGCCCUCUGCCGCAUCCUUUGCUCGUGCCUCGCCAGAUCCGCUCCAAGUACCUCAGAACGAGUCGCAGGUUUCGUCCGUCUGCGGCAUGUCGCCUCUGGCUCUCUCGCUCCCCGGAGACGACUUCUCGUCUUUGCUCCUCUCCAACUUUGCCAAGCGAGCCUCUACCUCUUCCACCUCGUCUGGGCGUGCACCUGGUCCUUGCGAGUUGAUCGCCGAACCCUUGCCCGCUCUCUUCAGCUCCGAGACGAGCAAGCCGCCAUCCAUCGCGAGCACCUACUCGAUGCACUCGCGACGAGCCUCGUGGGCUAGCUCGAUCGACCUCGACCCGGCUCUCAUCUGCACCCCUCCUCUCUCCAGCGAGGGCUCGCAAGAGCAGUCUCGGUCCGACCGCCCGGCUUUCCUCGCCGAGUAUGGCUUGGAUCACGACACCGAGGAGAGCGACACCGAGUGCAGUCACUACGCCGACGAGCACGAGGAGCUCGCUGCCAUGCCUUCUCUCGACAUGGGAUCGCCUCAGACUCCAAAGGAUCACGAGCUGCCGCCUCAGCCCGUCUUCCAGCGUCUCGAGGCCGAUCUGAUCUCGCUCCACGAGAACGACAAUGGCAACACGCAGCGCUUCACGCCGGAUGGUCGUCCACUUCCCCUACUCGACCUUUCCAGCCUGCCCAGAGAGAAGCAGGACACGGUGCUGAUGGCUAGGGCUCGUCUCCUCAGCCCCACCUCGUUCAAGAAGGCCUUUUCGCUGAGGUCUAAAGGAUCCCACUCCGGCUCUCGUUCCAGUGUUUCGUCGCCCAGCUUGAACAACAGCAGCUCUGAGGAGGUUGGCAAGGUCAGCGAAUCGGCUGUGGAGACUCCCACCGUGGCAUCCAUUCGCGAUCGCCUGCCGAGCCUGGUGGCCGAAGACAUGACGCAGUGGGCUGCGGGUGUUCCUCGCGAGGCGCCACCUGCUUCGCUCCUCGACGGAUCCAACUCCACCAUGUCGCACGCACCCUCCAUGCAGAUGUCGCCAUCGCUCGACUCGUUCGCCCACACCAUGAGCUCCGCCGGCAGCUCGGCAGAGACACCGCUCUCUCCCGCUUUCAGCUAUUCGGGUGCUUCGAUCGCAUCCGAGUCGUCGCGUGGCGGUCCCUCAUCGAUCCUCUCCUCUGGUCAGAGGAAGCACCGCGUUGGCACUCCUGGUCUUACCAAGAAGGCCGGUGCCGAUGCUGGCGCUACCGCUUCGCUGGAUCCUCACCUUGCACGCUACCAGACACGGGCCCGAUCCAGCGGCAGCAUCAGCUCGCAGACACCUUCUACGUCCAGCGCACACCGUCGCGCUUCGCGCAAGAGCGGUCGAAGCCGCAUUACUGACGGUAUGCCUAGCUUCGCCGACAUGGCUAGCACGCUCGCUGUACCGGUGUCGAACCAGAGGCGGUUCUCGGCCCGAAGUCUUUCGAGCGAAGGCUCGAUCGACAGCCAUAGCAAUGCUUCGAACGGCUCCAGCUUUGCGAAAGUUGGCGGGUCGAGCGACGAUGGUUUGUCAGUAGCUGGUGUGGCUUCGACCACGUCGGUGGUCAAGAGCGUUUUGAGGAAGCGAGUGCCUUCGCUCGAUGGAUCCUUGCUGUCGCCCAGGAAGGAGGUUUCGUUCGAGCUGCCGGUUUCUGCAGGCUUCGGGACGGUGGAUGAAGAGGCCGAUGAGGAGGAACAGGAGUUGCUCGAGCAUGAGCAGAGGCAGCGCAGCCAUCUUGUGCUGCCACCGAUGAAGCUGCAGGCCAAACAGAGUGCUGCCGAGCAAGAUGCAUCGGAUGCAAACACCGCCUCGCGGAAGCAGGCGACUCAAGACGAUCUCGACAUCACUCGAUUCCUCGAUACGUUCGGCCGAGACAUCAAAACCGUCGAGUCGCUCGAGCUGCUCGACAACGUUCACAGUGGCUCCAGCGAAUGGCCCAGACGGCAGGACUGGGACUCGAUGCCCGCGUACCUCGCCGCGUACGCGACCACCUUCCUCUCGCGCUUCGCCGAUGACAGCGCUACGCUCGUCUACUCGGAUGACCGAGCUCCAGCUCCAGCAGCUGGAAAGACGGUUUCGGCUCCCCUGCUGAGCAAGCACCCUGUGUACACGUCGAUGGUGCGCUCGGUCCUUCGCAUCGCCAGCUGGGAACAGCCGCUUGUCUCGGCAGGUAUCUCCUCUUUCUACGCGCUGAGCCUAGCCAAGGGCAAAUUGGUCGUCGUGCUAGCUGUCGGAUUGGCGCUUCUCGCUGCUACCGAAGCAGCACAGAGCAAGCCCACGUCUUCGAGCGAGGCGGAAGAGUUGCAAGAAGCGUACAGCAAGAUCGCAUCGGUUCUGCUCGGGUCUGCGCAGACGCACGAGCGCAUGCGCAACCUGGCACUGUGGCGAUCGCCCAAAGCCUCGCUUCGAUUCACCGGGCUGCUGCUGGCUCUGGCAGUUGGUGCAUCUCGGUUCGCCAGCGGCCUCAUGUCGCUGCCAGGUCUGUUCAUCGGGUUGGCAGUGUUCGUCUGGCUUCCCUCGAUCCUGAACCAGCCAGAAUGGGCGCCUACCUGGCUCAAGCAGGGAAACCCGGUCGACGUGCUGCUGUACGACGUACCCACCGAUGCGCAGCAUGCCAUCCUCACCCUGCGACGUAGAGCCGCUAGCGGCGAACAGCUCGUUCACCGUUCCAACGACAUGAGUGCUUUGUCGACGACAAAGUUCGACCACCGCGUUUCGGCGUCCGAGUUGCAGCAUGCGGGGGACGUUGUGGAUGGCGCGUACUUUGCGCACCACGAGGGUGAAGCUGGUCAUGUGGUGGUGCUGGCUCACCGCGUGAUCUUCCGAACGCUGGCGGGCAUGUCGGAGGGAGUGGUGACGUUGAAGGAGGAGUUGGAGCGCGAUGCAUCGAUGCGAGGAUGCAAGAUCACGUUCGACUCGAGGUUGGAGAAGGUCGUUCGUCUCGACAAGACUGAGAUGGGGUUGGAGCUCAGGUUGAAGAAUGGAAAGAAGGUUGUGUUUGAUGACAUGGUAGGUAGGGACGAGGCGUUUGCUAGGUUGGUCGCGCUGGCUCCUCAGAAGUGGCAUUAG